AUGGAUCAGGAGGCAGGGGAGGAUCCAAAUGUUUCACAGGAGAGAAAUUAUCUGGAAGAGCAACUUUCUGGAUAUAAAUGUUGUCAGUGUAGACACCUUCGUAUGCAUUAUGAAACAUUUGAAAAUCAACAAAUACUGAAGGAGGAAAUAGCGAAAGUUGAAGAAGAGCUCUCUGAAAGACCCUUGCUUCUGCUGCCACAGUUUCAACAAAGACAGAAGGUGUUGAAAAGUCUACGUUACUUAAACAAUGACAUGGAGAUUCAGCAGAAGGGCAUUGUAGCCUGCAAAUUUAGUCACCAUGAGAUCAUAUUGACUGAGAUUAUCUUUGGCAGGAUUCUUGAUGAUUUACGCCCAGAAGAGAUUGCUGCAGUGUUGUCCUGCAUAGUUUAUAAUGGAGAGAAAGAAUCAAUGGUUACUGAAGCAAUUAAAAAGAAAAUUCAGGCCAUCCAAAACAUUGCAAAGAAUAUAGCUGCUCAUGAGAAGAAGUACAAUAAGGAAUUUGAUGUUAAAGAUUAUGUUGAGCAAUUUAAACCAGGAUUUGCAGAUGUGGUAUUUGAAUGGGCUAGCGGUAAAGAAUUUGAAGAUAUCAUAAAGUUAGCUGGCAGAAUUACUGAAGGUGAAAUUGUUAAUAAGAUCCAACAACUGAUUAACACUUGUCGUGAGAUGCACGAUGCCUGUAUCAUAAUUAACAGAAACUCAAGAUUUGCAGUAAUGGUGAAUGCGGCAUCAAAUCUGUUAAAACGGGACAUUUUCACUGUACCAAGCCUUUAUAUAGCCUGAGGGCCUGCACCAAAAUACACAGCUGUGGUUGAACACGACUCCCAAAGAAGAUAACUUUGUGGGUGUAACCAAGACGAUACAGGAAGAAUAAUUUACAGUAGUACUGUUUAUUGUAUAGUUUUGUUCAUCAAAUAUUUUGAUAGAAUUUUAAGGAAAUUGGUGAAGGGAGGCAAGAAUUUCAUGCAGCCAUAUUUAAAAUAUAAGCAGUCACAAAUCCAGAGAUUGCCAAAAGGGGGUGGUGAAAGUGGGCCGAUCGAGAUAACACUACCCUAGGGGGUCUGCGACAUUUUUGUGUUGUAGACGCCCGAAAAUAAUCUCUGAGGC